ACAAGCAUGGAGCCAAAAAAGCACUCCCUCUUGGGGAUCGAUAAGCUGCGCUGACCAUGGACCACAGGACAGUGUGCCAGCACACACACACACACACACACACACACACACACCGGAAUCACACACUAUUGAAGGGUCUCUCUGCUCUUCGUCACACCUCUGACACCUCAGGGUAGCGUGGAGUUAGCAGACUGCACACUGGGAGGCCUGGGUGGAUGAAUGCACUGAAGGAUGGCUGUGUUUUGUAAAUCCAUGGCAGGUGGACUGCUGCUCACGUUGAGCCUCACUCUUCUAAGGUGGGGAGUUGAGGGUCAGAGGAACACACGGGGAAAGAAAGAAGUCUCAGGCGGGGCUACCAUCUACCUCGGCCAGGACAGAGACAUCUGGAGGCCCCUGAUUCACAUAACAGUAAACCUCAGCGAGGUCAGCAGUAUCAAGUCAUCCUUUGAUUUACGGACGUUUGACCCAGAAGGUAUCGUUUUCUACGGGGACACCAAAAACGGGGAGGACUGGUUUAUUUUGUCCCUGAAAGACGGCCUGCCCCUGAUGCAGAUCAGCAGAGGAGACAGCCGCGUCAGCGUGGCAGGAGGCCCCAAGCUCAAUGACGGGAAAUGGCACACACUGGAGGUGAGCAACCAAGAUCCCUUUGUGAUUCUCGAGGUGGACGGCUCCAAUAAGAUGGUGGUUGGCAUGCAGUCUAAAGAGACCGUUAACGUCCUCUCAGGUGAACUUCGACUGGCCCUGGGUGGGAUCCUGAUCAACAAAGAAAAGAUGAUUGUUCAGUUUGAGCCGCACAUGGAUGGCUGUGUGCGGAGAGGCAGCUGGCUAAACCUCAGCGUGCCCUGGGAGGUCGAGGCGGAGGAGCUCUGGCCCUGCUAUCAAAACGUCCAACCUGGCAGCUACUUCCCUGGCACCGGAUUGGCUAUUUUCAACACCUCAGUUUUCCCAAUGGAAGCAGAUCGUGGGGUCAAGACUGAAUUGUGGGGAGAUUUCAAUAAGAUGGAUGGGACCAUUUUUAGCAUCAAGGCUCCGGGGCAAAAGCUGAUGUUUGCUUUAGUGGCCAAUAAUAACACAAAGGAAAUCACACUUACCUUCGGCGAAGAAAAGAUCUGUAUGAAAGACACUUUCAAGAGACUGGUGAUAACCUUUCAGACUAAUUUACUGAAAGUGCUUCAAGAUGAAGAUGAAUCAAAGACUACUACGUUGCCUAUCAGUCCCGGGAGCCAACCCGGGUAUUCGACCACAUGGAGAGCGGGUCGUCUUGCUGUCGGAGGUCUCCUAGGUGAAGAAGAAGACAAUGUUGGCUCCCAGUUCUUGACAGGCUGUCUCGAGAAGAUCCAGGUUCAAGGGAAGGAUUUGGACCUGGAUUUAGCUGUCAAACACAUGUCAAUCUCAUCUCACAGCUGCCCUGCAUAGACCAUGACACUAUGCAUCUUCAAUGUGUGGACUCGAUGUUUGCCUUGGGGUCCAAAUUAACAAAAAUAACAAAGGUGUUUCAAGUGAAAAAUGGUUCCGCUAAAAGUAAAUCUGGAGUUGAAUGUGGUAUUUGAACCAAUUAAUCUCUAACAUGUGGAGAAUUAUAAUAAAAUAUUAAUAUGUUGUUUAAGAGAU